AUGUCGAAGCGCGACUACGAUCACCUUUUCAAACUCGUCCUGAUCGGCGAUUCCGGCGUGGGCAAGUCGUGCCUGCUGCUGCGUUUCGCUGACGAUGCGUUCACGGACAGCUACAUCAGCACCAUCGGGGUUGACUUUCGUUUCCGAACGGUGAAGAUCGAUAAGAAGACAGUCAAGCUACAGAUUUGGGAUACCGCAGGGCAGGAACGCUUCCGGACGAUAACAUCGGCCUACUACAGGGGUGCGGACGGGAUCAUCAUGGUGUAUGACGUCACCGGGCAGGAAUCAUUCGACCACGUGAACGAUUGGCUGAGUGAGGUGAACCGCUACGCUAGCGAGGGCACAAGCAAGCUGCUCAUAGGAAACAAGAGCGACCGCGAGGAUAAGGUGGUGGACAGCGCGGCGGCGAAGGAGUACGCGGAGUCGUUGGGCAUCCCCUUCUUGGAGACGAGCGCCAAGAACGCCUCCAACGUUGAGGAGGCCUUCCUCACCAUGGCCUCCGAGCUUAUCCGCACCAGGGAAGCACGAGCCGCAACGCAGGUGGACAAUUCCACCGUGAACCUGGGCGGAGGCGGUAGCAGCGCAUCCUCUAGCUCCAAAUGCUGCUGA